CAGCCAGCAAUAAUACAGUAGUACUAAACAAUAAACGACUGUAGACAGGUUAGGCUCAUGUUUAUUGUUUACAUCAAGGACUAUCUCGUCUUUUAAUUUAUCAAGAAGCCAACGUUUUAAGUUGACUGAAAAAGUUGAUGUUGAUCGAACAAUAACACAAGUUUUAGAGUUUCUUGGUCUGAGCGACCCACAAUGGCAGCCACAGCUAAGAAGGAUUCUCCGAAGGAAGUUGCGCCGAAGGAAGACUUCAAGUCCCCCCCGAAGUUUAAAUUUUCUGAUGGUGAAAAGGUCCUCUGUUUUCAUGGUCCUCUAAUUUACAUCGCUAAGUGCAUGCAGACAAGAUACAAUGAGAAGGAAAAGGUCUCUGAGUAUCACAUACAUUACUCGGGAUGGAAUAAAAGUUGGGACGAAUGGGUGCCUGAAAGUCGGGUAUUGAAAUUCAACGAGGCCAAUCUUCAAAAACAAAGAGACCUUCAUAAAGCUCAAAAGAAUGAACCGAAAAACAAAAAGCCCAAAAAGAAUAAGAGCAUUGGCGGGCCAGAAAGUGUGGGGGGCCCUGACAGCAGAUCAUCGACACCUGUCAAUGACAAAGAGAAAGUCACUGUUGGUGAGAAGGAGAAGAAGGCAGCCAUAGCGGCAACAACAGCUGCGGCCACGGCGACUCAGUCCUCCUCUCAGGACUCUGCAAGUGAUGUGCCUAAGAAGAAGAAGGCGCGGACGGAUCCCGCUGUGGAAACGGAAGAACAGUUUCUAUCGAAAGUGGAAAUUAAGGUUAAAAUACCUGAUGAGUUAAAACCAUGGUUGGUCGAUGAUUGGGAGCUGAUUUCAACACAACGCAAACUGUUAAAUUUACCAGCAGCAGUGACCGUUGAUCAAAUUUUGGAUGACUACUACAACACAAAAAUCUCCAGUAAGAGCACAACCCCAAACAAGGAAACAGCUAUAUUGGAGGUAGUAAAUGGUAUCAGAGAAUACUUCAAUGUUAUGCUCGGCACUCAACUACUUUACAAGUUCGAGAGAAUGCAAUAUGCCAAGAUUCUAGCAGCCAAUCCUGACACACCCAUGAGCAAAAUAUAUGGUGCUGUCCAUCUGCUUAGGCUAUUCGUGAAGCUCGGUGGAGUUCUUGCUUACACAGCAUUGGACGAGAAGAGCAUCCAACUACUACUGGUGCACAUCCAUGACUUCUUAAAAUUCCUGCACAAGAAUGCGGCGACGUUGUUCAGCCUGCAGGACUACGGAGUCUCCACUUGCGAUUACCAAAGGAAGAUGGUUAUCCUGUUUAAAAGAAAAUUUGAACAGAUAAUUGAGAAUUUAGACGAUAAAGCAAAAUGGCAUAAGAUGUAUGUCGAAUUCAAUUCAAUGGGCCUGUAAUUGUGAUAUGAAAUACGCUGUGUUUUCUCAUAAGUAUUAAUGGAUAUGGAAAUGGUGACUAAGUGAUUCGCUUUAAUUGUGGCAAAGUUUGUAGUGACAAGCAUUUGAUAAAAGUUAUGAUGCCAAUAUCAUGGAAACCUGUUUGAAUCAUUGUGCUGAUUCACUCUGAUAUUAUCAGUGAAGUUUGCUAUGACAGUUGAGUAAUAUGGAGACUUGUAGGAAUCAUUUUUAUUUGAUAACUGAUCAUGAACUAAUAAUUAUUUUGAUAGUAAUAGUGUUUUUUUAUGAUAAUUGAGUGUAUGUAAACACUCCUAGUUGUUCUUUUGUUCACUAUGUUAAGGUUCAAGUAACAAUGCUGAUAAAUUGGAAACAAAAUUAAUUGUUCUUUAAAAUGAAAAACUAUGUUGUAAUAAUUAUAUGAAUUUUGUAAUGGAAACUGUGCCUUAAGUUACAGCGGUUUGUAAACAGAUGGUCAUAUCCUCAGAGAUUACUGUCUUUUCCCUAAUACUUAUACAAAGCAAACAAUAGAAUUAACUGUGUUUUGUUAAAGCCACAUAAUGUAACCUGCAUAAGCAUAAUCAUAUCUGAUUCAAAAUUUAUAAUGUUUCAUAACAAAACUAUUGUUAUUUAAUUUAUAUAUCUUCGAUUUUAAAUAUUUACUUAUUUAAUUGCAUUUGCAUCAUGCAUUUCAUCAGCAUCAUUUGGCAUAUUAUGUUACUAUUAUCGUAUUAUUG